AUGCCUGAACUGUCUGCUGCUGACGCAUCUGAGUUGAUCCUGUUGACUGGAGCCACCGGAUAUGUGGGGGGACGGUUGCUGCAGGUGCUGGAAUCGCGGGGGGCCCGGCUACGAUGCCUGGCGCGGCGACCGGAGGUGCUGCGGGAGCGGGUCUCAGAGACCACGGAUGUGGUUUACGGGGAUGUGCUGGAACCGGAGACGCUGCUACCGGCAUUGACCGGAGUGAAGGUGGCGUAUUAUCUGAUUCACUCGAUGGGCGAGUCCGGUUCGUUUGAGGAGAACGACCGGCGGGCUGCGGAACAUUUCGCACGGGCUGCCCGGGAAGCAGGCGUGGAACGGAUCAUCUACCUGGGAGGUCUGGGGGAUGAAGCAGAGUCGCUCUCCCCUCACCUGCGGAGUCGGCAGGAAGUGGGGCGGAUUCUCAGGUCGUCUGGAGUGCCGGUGAUUGAAUUCCGGGCGUCGAUUGUGAUCGGCUCGGGGAGUCUGUCGUUUGAAAUGAUUCGGUCGCUGGUGGAACGCUUGCCCGUGAUGAUCACGCCGAAGUGGGUGAUGCGGGCCGCGCAGCCCAUCGCGAUUGAGGACUUGAUCGCCUAUCUGACUGAGGCCCUGGAAAUUCCCUUGCCGGAAAGUCAGACCUUUGAGAUCGGUGGUGCCGAUCAGGUUUCUUAUGCUGAGAUCAUGCGGGUGUAUGCCCGCUGCCGGGGGAUGCGGGUGCGGAUGAUUUCGGUGCCCGUGCUGACGCCUUAUCUGUCGAGUCUGUGGCUGGGACUGGUGACACCUCUGUAUGCGCGGAUUGGUCGCAAGCUGAUCGAGAGUAUUGUACAUUCUACGGUGGUUCAGGAUGAGUGUGCGCGGGAUGCAUUUUCGAUCGAGCCGAUGGGCAUCGAAUCUGCGAUUCAGCGGGCGCUGAAUAACGAGGAACGUGAAUUCGCGGAGACACGCUGGUCGGAUGCGGUUUCGUCGUCGGGACAAGUGCGGUCGUGGAGUGGUGUGCGAUUUGGCAACCGGCUGGUCGACGCUCGGAGUACCACGGUGGCGUGUCCUCCCGAAAUCGCUUUUCAGCCGAUCCAGCGGAUCGGGGGGAAGACCGGCUGGUAUGCCUGCAACUGGCUCUGGCAUUUGCGAGGCUGGAUGGAUCUGCUGGUGGGCGGUAUUGGUGUGCGGCGUGGUCGUGCGCAUCCGGUGCGGCUGCGCGUGGGGGAUACGGUCGAUUUCUGGCGAGUGGAAGCGUUUGAGCCGAACCGUCGCCUGCGACUGGCGGCCGAGAUGAAGCUGCCGGGUCGCGCCUGGCUGGAGUUCGAAGUUAAAGAGGAUGCGCAGGGUUCAACGAUCUCUCAGACGGCGAUGUUUGAUCCGGUGGGACUGUGGGGGCGGCUGUACUGGUAUGCGGUCUGUCCGCUGCAUUAUUUCGUGUUUGCGGGGAUGCUGAAGAAUAUCGCCCGGGCGGCGGAAGGGAUCCAGGGGGCUGAAUCUUCUUCCAAGCCUUCUCUUUCCCGGUAG